AUGAUGUCCGCUCUUGAUCUUGGUGGUCGCAGUGUUUUGUGGUGGUGUCAUGAGCUUCAGUUGAGCAAAGGACUGAUGGGAGAUGGUCUCAAGGUACUGGCUCCCCUGGUCGGCCUAGCGGUCAUAGUACUUUUCCAAUUCGUAAGUAUGGUGUUGAGCCGUCUUAGGAAGGCUACUGAUCGAGAUAUGGAUCAAUAUGACAACGACUGUUACUCUACUAUAACACCACCGGCGAUGGUGUUGGACUUGGGAGCUGCCAACUUCCGGGCCGGCGUAUGUGGUGAUGACAGUCCAUCAAUAGAGGCAUCGAGCGUGUUAGGCGUGAAAAAAGAACAAUCAGCCUCCGAGGCGGCGCCCCAAGGCAGCCGUCGCUAUCGAUCUCCAGUCUCACUAUAUGAUAGCACCUCUACUAUGCGGAGUUGCAGUGGAGUGAAGCCUUGCGUAUUCUAUGACCAUCGAGUUCGUCAAGUCCGAAUGGACAUUGAUGGCAUCGAGACUAUCGCUGACUUCUGUUUCGGCUCUAGAGGUGGCCUCCCAUCUACGUCUACAGCUCCAUUGCUCAUAGUGUCCCCUAACAACAUCUCCCCCAUCCAACGGUCGCAGAUCCUGGAUCUUGCUUUUGAACGCUUGAAUUGCCCUGCAGUCUAUAUGCCUCGACGAGCCUCUAUGGCGGCUUUCAGCCACGGGCAGAGCUGCAGUCUGGUGCUGGACGUAGGUGCUAGCAUGGUCAGCUGUGUGCCAGUUAUGGACGGCUUUGUCAUGCAAAGGCCCUCAGUAGAGUACCCUGUGGGGGGCGAUACCCUGGAUGCCUUCCUACUCGAGAGGUUACUAGGCCCUCGAUCUCUACGGGACCUUCAUAGUGUGCCCUCAGCGAUGCGGCUCCAACGAAUUCGCGAUGUGAAGCACUCCUACUGUGCUCGUCUGGCGACAUCACCGAUGAAGCCGAAGCAAAUUCAAGCCAUAUUCGGCACUUUAAGUGGUCGGAACUCACCAAGUCCAUCGCCAUUGAGCUCGCCCCGUAGCACUUGUGCUGGUUUCAAUCUCCCAGACGGCACGGAUUUGGCGUCGUUGAGGCCCCCACAGGACUUCGCCCGAGCCUUGCCAGAGCUUCUUUUCGACCCCUCUGGGUUCACAAGUGCGGCAAAUCGGUUGUCAAGUCACGUGCCUCGGGGCGUCGUACCUGGCACCUCACUACUAGCUCCUGUCAACCUUGCAGGCUUCCGAGGCCUUCCUAAGAUGGUCAUGGAAGUGGUGCCUCAAAUUGACGUGGACGUCAGGCAACGGGUAUGUGCGUCAAUUACGAUUACAGGAGGGCAGAGUUGCAUUGAGAAUUUACCCCAGCGUUUGCGACAAUGCCUGGGCCCGAACAGUGGUGGUGACACGGGUGUUAGCAGCAUACCAUCCCUGGCGAGAGUACGUCUUCUAGCAGCGGAGACUCAGGCGGAGCGAAGGGCCUCCUCAUGGCUGGGAGCAUCGAUAUUAGGAAGUUUGUCGUCAUUCCAGCACUUGAUGGUCACCAAGAAGGAGUGGGCCGAGAAGGGCGCCUCGAGACUAGCUCAGCAAGGGAAUAUCGCUUCGAACGAGCGAAUGCCAAUAUAG